AUGGCGGAAUUCGAGCAAGUCAACACGGCAUUCCUUGCAUGGCUCGCAGCCAACGGAGCCACAGUCUCAAAUUCAAUUGCCCUCCAGGACUAUUCUGCCGAAAGUGCCGGUCGUGGAGUCAUUGCCGUUGCCGACAUCAAUACAGAUGAGGAGCUUUUCUCGAUCCCUCGGCCAUUGCUUCUCUCGCCCGAGACGUCCGAGUUGGCCAAGAAGCUGGAUCUGACGACACUUGAAGGAUGGAACCCGUUGAUGAUCUGUAUGAUUUAUGAAUAUGGCCGUGGAGCUGCUUCUCACUGGAAGCCAUACUUUGAUAUUUUGCCAAUGGAGUUCUCGACGCCAAUGUUCUGGAGUGCAGAGGAACUGAAGGAGCUUGCAGGGACUGGAGUCAUCGACAAGAUCGGUCGGGAGGAGGCAGAAUCGAUCUUCAAGGAAAAGUUAUGGCCAUUGAUCAGCGCACACCCAGACCUGUUCCCUACGACCGAACAACAGGACAAGGAGGCAGGAUUCUUGAAUGUCUUCCAUCGGAUGGGCUCGUUGAUUAUGGCGUAUGCGUUCCACGAUACGCUUCCGGACAAGGAUGAGGAUUCGGAUAUGGAUUCGGAUGAUGAGGAUGAUGAGGAAGAGGAGGAGAAGGUUAAUGUGUCUAUGGUUCCCAUGGCUGAUAUGCUCAACCACAAGACCGGACACAACAACGCAAGGUUGUUCCACGAGAAGGAUUGCUUGAGGAUGGUCGCUAUCAAGCCCAUCAAGAAUGGACAACAGAUCGUAUAUCUGUUGAGAAAGUACGGAUUUGUGGAUGUUCCCAACCCAAACAACAUUGCAGAGAUCAGCGGCGAAUCGGUGGUGGCCAAGUGCACCGCUGCAGAUGAUAAUGGAAAGGACGAGAAGGUUGAAUUCCUCCUUGAACAGGACGGCCUCGAAGACUUCUUCAUCCUGGAAGCAGGCGGCGAGAUCCCCGAGGAACUGAUUGGAUGUGCAAAGAUUCUGAUGAUGCCGAUUGACGAGUUCAAGACGACGGUUAUUGAAGGCAAGAAACUGCCAAACACAAAACUCACGGUCGAGGUUCAAAAGGUCCUGCGGGAACUUCUCGAGGUCAAGUUGGCUGAAUAUCCUUCUUCCGCCAAGGAGGACAAGGCGCUGUUGAAGCAAGCUACUGGCACCAUCCCCGAACGGACACGCAACGCCGUCGUCGUCCGGUCAGGUGAACGCGAAAUCGUGCAGAGUGUACUGGAUCAAGUCAAGAAGUGGAGACCCCCACCACCCCCUCCUGCUGCUUCAACUGGAAAGCAGAAGGGUAAUGGGAAGGGACAGCCACCAAGCAAGGGCAAGAAGCCUUAUCAGAAGAAGUAG